AUGGAAUCGCAAGGAGACUCGGACGACGUCACCCCGCAUGCGCCGCCUGUCAACGCGCUGCAUACCGUGGCCGGAAGGCGUGAGGCGCGCGGCGUGGAGGCGUUCAUGGAUAUGAUGAGAAGGAUCUCCAAGGACCGUGGAUAUGAACUCGACACUCAGAAACUGUACCGUGAACGUGAUAAGCAGACCCUUGCAGACGCGGAGAAGAACAAGGAGCAGGAGGAUCCAUCGCCCGCCCCGUCACCAGUUGCUGCAGAUCCAUUGGAAGAUGCCGAUGCGACUUCUGCGCCUUCUGAGCAGGAGCCAGGCCCGUCACCUAUAGCCGCAGGGCGCGAUGCCGAAGCUACUGCUGAGCCGAAGCCAGCCCUGUCACCAGUAGCCGCACCGUUCGCGGGAGGUGCUGAAGCUACCGCCGAGCCGACGCCAGCCCCGUCACCAGUAGCCGAACCGUUCGCAGGAGGUGCUGAAGCUACCGCUGAGCCGAAGCCAGCCCCGUCACCAGUAGCCACACCGUUCGCGGGAGGUGCUGAAGCUACCGCUGAGCCGACGCCAGCCCCGUCACCAGUAGCCGCACCGUUCGCGGGAGGUGCUGAAGCUGCCGCUGAGCCGACGCCAGCCCCGUCACCAGUAGCCGCACCGUUCGCGGGAGGUGCUGAAGCUACCGCUGAGCCGACGCCAGCCCCGUCACCACUCGCACCUGCCCACGAGGGUGCUGCUGAAGCUACCGUGGGACCAGAUCCUGCUCCAAAAGGCGGAGACUACCUGCCUGCACCCGUGGACGCGCAUGCCAACGCUCCCCAAGCCACUCCGGAUGCUGGCGACGUGGUGGAGGAAGGGACUGCCAUAGCUGGGGUCAACCUUGCUGCGAGGUUUAUCACAGUCACUGAGUAUCUGUUGGGAAUCAAGCACGUUAGAUAA